GGUAUCACUUCCGGUUUAUUUGGAAAAUAAUGGAUUCCGACUGGUGAAAAUAAGUUUUCGACAUGAGUGACAGAAAUAUGCCAAUAGACAACAGUGUUCACGAACUGAAGUUAGGCAGGAGUUUUGAUCCUUCCACCCGGGCAGCUUUUCAUUCAAUACGCUAUGACUUCAAGCCAGCUUCAGUAGACACAGCACGGGAGGCAGCGUUUGAAGUGGGUGAAGGUCACCAGGUGUCUGUAACAGUUCCACAUGUACAGAAUUCAGGCACAAGUCACACAGUCUACAAGGGCAACAAGAAGCCGUGCCCGAAGGAGUGUCUGUUGAUCAUCGACCAUGACACCGGAACCUUUACCCUGGAGAAACUCACAAACACAAUCCAGCUCAAGAAAACCAGAAUUGAAGGGUCAAGUCGAGCUCAGCAGAGGCCUUUGACCCCUGUUGAAGUUGCUAAGCAACGGCCUACGUCCCCUUCAAGACCCAAGGCCAACCAAAGAAGUCCGUCUUCUGUGAAAGGGUUCUCCCCAGUCUCUAACAGCCAGCAGGACAUGGAUAUAGUGAUGCCAGAGCCGACAGAGGCGAGCUACAUCGGGGAGAUCAGCAGCAGCAGCUCCUCCAGUUCCAGCGAGGACAGCGACUCCGACAAUGAGGCCCCCCCACAACACAACCCUGCUGGUCAGGCCCCAGUCAGUACGCCAAGCGCCCCUCCUACCAAUCAGUCCAACUCAGGGCGACAGUUCUCUUUGAUAAACGAUCUGGAAUUGAGUGAAUCAGGCAGCGACAGUGACUGAUAUGUUGACCAUUUCCAUGGCGUUGACCUUCAAAGAUGAAAAUAUCUGUUUCCAUGGUGAUGAUAAUGUAUGAGACAGGAUGUGUUUCUGAUGUGUGUGAGUGAUUGUGUGAAAGAGAUUUUGAAGUUAUUGCAUGCAAGUAAAAACUUCUUUUACUUAACAUAAUUAACACCUAAGGCAUUUAACAGUCAUGUUUGGGUGCUUAAAGGGAUACAGUCUAUGUGGAGAGAAGGGUGCCUAGAUACCAUCUAUAGGGCGAGAAGGGUGCCUGGAUACCAUCUAUAGGGAGAGAAGGGUGCCUAGAUACCAUCAAUAGGGAGAGAAGGGUGCCUAGAUACCAUCUAUAGGGAGAGAAGGGUGCCUAGAUACAAUCUAUAGGGCGAGAAGGGUGCCUAGAUUCCAUCUAUAGGGCGAGAAGGGUGCCUAGAUACAAUCUAUAGGGCGAGAAGGGUGCCUAGAUACCAUCUAUAGGGAGAGAAGGGUGCCUAGAUACAAUCUAUAGGGCGAGAAGGGUGCCUAGAUUCCAUCUAUAGGGAGAGAAGGGUGCCUAGAUACAAUCUAUAGGGCGAGAAGGGUGCCUAGAUACCAUCUAUAGGGAGAGAAGGGUGCCUAGAUACAAUCUAUAGGGCGAGAAGGGUGCCUAGAUACCAUCUAUAGGGAGAGAAGGGUGCCUAGAUACCAUCUAUAGGGCAAGAAGGGUGCCUAGAUUCCAUCUAUAGGGCAAGAAGGGUGCCUAGAUACCAUCUAUAGGGCGAGAAGGGUGCCUAGAUUCCAUCAAUAGGGAGAGAAGGGUCCUAGAUACCAUCUAUAUGGAGAGAAAAUUGCCUAGAUACCAUCAAUAGGGAGAGAAGGGUGCCUAGAUACCAUCAAUAGGGAGAGAAGGGUGCCUAGAUACAAUCAAUAGGGAGAGAAGGGUGCCUAGAUACCAUGUAUAGGGAGAGAAGGGUGCCUAGAUACUAUAUAUGGGGAGAGGAGAGAAGGGAGCCUAAAUACCAUCAAUACUGAGAGAAGGGUGCCUAGAUACCAUCUAUAGGGAGAGAAGGGUGGCUAGAUAACAUCUAUAGGGAGAGAAGGGUGCCUAGAUACCAUCUAUAGGGAGAGAAGGGUGCCUAGAUACCAUCCAGAGGGAGAGAAGGGUGCCUAGAUACCAUCCAUAGGGAGAGAAGGGUGCCUAGAUACCAUCCAUAGGGAGAGAAGGGUGCCUAGAUACCAUCCAUAGGGAGAGAAGGGUGGCUAGAUAUCAUCUAUAGGGAGAGAAGGGUGCCUAGAUACCAUCAAUAGGGAGAGAAGGGUGCCUAGAUACCAUCUAUAGGGAGAGAAGGGAGCCUAAAUACCAUCCAUAGGGAAAAAAGGAUGCCUAGAUACCAUCUAUAGGGAAAGAAGGGUGCCUAGAUACCAUCUAUAUAGAGAGAAGGAUGCCUAGAUACCAUCUAUAGUGAGAGAAGGGUGCCUAGAUACCAUCUAUAGGGAGAGAAGGGUGCCUAGAUACUAUCUAUAGGGAGAGAAGGGUGCCUAGAUACCAUCUAUUAUGAGAGAAGGGUGCCUAGAUACCAUCUAUAGGGAGAGAAGGGUGGCUAGAUAACAUCUAUAGGGAGAGAAGGGUGCCUAGAUACUAUCUAUAGGGAGAGGAGAGAAGGGAGCCUAAAUACCAUCAAUACGGAGAGAAGGGUGCCUAGAUACCAUCUAUAGGGAGAGAAGGGUGGCUAGAUAACAUCUAUAGGGAGAGAAGGGUGCCUAGAUACCAUCUUUAGGGAGAGAGGAAGGGGGCCUAGAUACAGUCUAUUGUGAGAGAAGGGUGCCUAGAUACCAUCAAUAGGGAGAGAAGGGUGCCUAGAUACCAUCUAUAGGGAGAGAAGGGUGCCUAGAUACCAUCCAGAGGGAGAGAAGGGUGCCUAGAUACCAUCCAUAGGGAGAGAAGGGUGCCUAGAUACCAUCCAUAGGGAGAGAAGGGUGCCUAGAUACCAUCCAUAGGGAGAGAAGGGUGGCUAGAUAUCAUCUAUAGGGAGAGAAGGGUGCCUAGAUACCAUCAAUAGGGAGAGAAGGGUGCCUAGAUACCAUCUAUAGGGAGAGAAGGGAGCCUAAAUACCAUCCAUAGGGAAAAAAGGAUGCCUAGAUACCAUCUAUAGGGAAAGAAGGGUGCCUAGAUACCAUCUAUAUAGAGAGAAGGAUGCCUAGAUACCAUCUAUAGUGAGAGAAGGGUGCCUAGAUACCAUCUAUAGGGAGAGAAGGGUGCCUAGAUACUAUCUAUAGGGAGAAAAGGGUGCCUAGAUACCAUCUAUUAUGAGAGAAGGGUGCCUAGAUACCAUCUAUAGGGAGAGAAGGGUGGCUAGAUAACAUCUACAGGGAGAGAAGGGUGCCUAGAUACUAUCUAUAGGGAGAGAGGAAGGAGGCCUAGAUACCGUCUAUUGUGAGAGAAAAGGGGGGCCUAGAUACCAUCUAUAUGAAGAGAAGGGUGCCUAGAUACCAUCUGUAGGGAGAGAAGGGUGCCUAGAUACCAUCUUUAGGGAGAGAGGAAGGGGGCCUAGAUACAGUCUAUUGUGAGAGAAAACGGGGGCCAAGAUACCAUCUAAUCAGAGAAUGUAGACGUUGUAUACUAAACGAGAUGUCACAGCGAUAUAUUUGACAAUGAGUUUGACAUUUCUAGUAUUAUCUUAAGGUUGUGGGUGGUUCAUUCUAUUGUUGAUUGUGGUAUUUCAUAUAAGUGAUGUCGUAAUCAACACUGGUUGAUUAGUUGAAAGGUCAUUCUGAUAUGACAUGUAAUGGGAUGUCCUCUGAUCUUUGUGUAGAUCUAAUUAUAUUAAGAUUGCAUCUUUUGCGUCUGUUCCUUUAUUUCUUUCCCUCAGUAUAUAUGUUAUAAUCAUGGUAAUCAAUGUCUUGUAUCAGCUGGGUGGCUAGCUCAACAGUAGGCUGCCUGAAUUGUGAUAUUCAGUUUGUCAAGGCUUUUCCCACUGCAGCAGUUGUAAAGAUUACCGAAAGUUUUACUUCUCUCACUCAGAUGCUGACCAUGGAAUUUGUUUCAUAUUACGAAUUUGCAACUAAAAUACGAAAAAAUGAUUUCUUCCUUGUCAUAUAAAUAAUAUGGCAUCUUGUUUAUCGACUGGUAUAGUCUCGCAUCAGUCAAAUCGAGCUACUUCACUCAUAUUAUAGGAAGUUGCUGCAGCCGAAAUAAAAACAAAGCAAUAAAAUGGGACCCUUCUAUACCCUCACCCCACCCUUAUGACAAUAUUACCGGGCUUUUGUGUCUUGCCCAGACGAUCGUAACAAAAUAUGAAUUGUAAUUUGGGAAAAACGGCAGUUAUGUAUUAGUACUUCAGUUUAAUUUGGUCCCGAGCUUGCUGUUGAAGGUAUCUGUGAUUUAGAGAUGUUAAUACAAACUGGCACCAAAGGAGUCUGUGCUACUGAAGAGUGAAGUCUGGGUAAAGGAGAGAAAUGACAAGGCUCCAGUAAGGAAUAAACUGUUGCUGGUAUAUAUUUUCUGUACAACAUUGUCACACUAUGUGUGAUUCUAUUAUGUACAUACUAUUGAUUCCAUUGAUGUAAUAAAUGAUGUCUGCUUACA